ACGGAUGUUCAUUUAAGCUGAUAGAUAUUUUAAAGGCUCUUGUUAUACAAAUCCUUCUUUUUUUCUUGUCUUUUCCAGUCUUCUCCUUCAUCUAAUUCUUAUGAAAGCCAACUUAUAUCAGUCCAAAAGUAAAAAUAAUACCCACUCAACAACAGAGCCUUACCACAGAAAACCAAGCGAUAGCAACACUAAUAGUAAUAAUCGAAUGAAUGAUGCUUAUACCUUCAAUUAUCAUCAAGCAUGCUCAUUGUUGCAAGCAAUCCAAAUGAAUGGGCGGCGUCGUUUGAGCCAAAGCUGUGUUUAUAACCUUGCAAAUUUCGUAACUCGUUCUUGGGAAUCUAACCCUAAGCAAGAAAAAAUUGAAGAUCUGGCUAAAUUCAUGACAAAUUUAUUGGAUACGACAUUAUUAUGCCCUGAAAAGCCAUUUGAAGAAGCACUACAACAAUUUUGCCGAAGCCAUAUCCCUACGCAGUCCGUGUCACCCACAGUCACGAUAUUGAUUGCAAUAGGCUAUAUUGAGCGACUUAAACAGAAGUACAAGCACAUACAAGGAACAUCUGGGUGUGCCCAUCGUCUUAUUAUGAUUGCAUAUAUGAUAGCAGCCAAAUUCAUGCAUGCAAACCUCAAAUCUAUCAUCCAUACUUCACCAUCGGCUUUGAAUGGCGAGAAAGAUACCCCUACUAAAAAAUUGCCACCUAUCAUGCCGCCUUGCAGUGAACAAGAACUAUUGCCUUCGCCGCCUACAUCACCCAAAACAUUCUAUUCUGACUCGGAUCCUUUAAAAUACCAUUACUUCCAAUCUCGUAGUAAGUCUACGACAUUCAACAAUAUAACAAUCAAUACCAAUAAUACAACCAAUAAUAACCCUUCUGGUUCUACAUCAACCAAUGAACGUCAUUUCCAAAUAAUACGAAUGGAACAUGAAUUCCUACAUUUUUUAGAUUACGAUCUAUCUUUAUCAAACACACUAAAAUUAAUCCACUGGGCACACAACUCUCAAGACAAUCCUCAUUAUACAAUCUCCAGUGUCUUUGAACAAUAAAAAAACGCUCCUCGGACUGUGUGAACCGACCGAAGUGAAUUAAUUGUAGCACAAUAUAGGGCUGUAUUACAUGCAAAAAAGAUAUAUCACACG